AUGACCGGCCGAGACGCGCUUUCCGACGGGCGUGCCAGAAGCAGGGCGCUGGUGCCCGGAGGCCCGCCCACCGGCUCGCGCCCCCGGGGCUUCGCCAUCACCGACCUGCUGGGCCUGGAGGCCGAGCUGCCCGCACCUGCGGGCCCGGGGCCGGGAUCUGGGUGCGAAGGCCCGGCAGCCGCGCCCCGCGCCGGCCCAGGGCUCGGAGGCUCCUGCCCUGCACGCGGAGCCCUUCCGCUGGGCCUCGGCCUCCUCUGCGGCUUCGGCGCGCAGCCCCCUGCGGCCGCCCGGGCCCCCUGCCUGCUCCUCGCCGACGUGCCCUUCCUGCCGCCCGAGGGGCCUGAGCCCCCCGCCCCGCGGGUCCCCGGCCGCCCACCGCCCCUGGCCGCCCGCCAGAAACGCAGCGAGAGCGUGUCGACGUCCGAUGAGGACAGCCCUUCUGAAGACAGGAGUGACCGGAAGGCGUCCCCAGCCCCCAGCAAGAGGAAGAAGAGGAGGCACAGGACCGUUUUCACCACCCACCAACUGGAAGAGCUGGAGAAGGCCUUCAGUGAGGCCCACUACCCUGAUGUGUAUGCCCGGGAAAUGCUGGCUCUGAAGACUGAACUCCCCGAAGACCGAAUACAGGUCUGGUUUCAAAACCGGCGGGCCAAGUGGCGGAAGCGAGAGAAGCGCUGGGGCGGCAGCAGCGUGAUGGCCGAGUACGGGCUCUACGGGGCGAUGGUGCGCCACUGCAUCCCUCUGCCGGACUCUGUCCUGGGCUCUGGGGAGGGCGGCCUGCUGGGCUCCUGUGCACCCUGGCUCCUGGGGAUGCAUAAAAAGUCUGCAGGGACGAUAAGAAAAGCAGAAUGUGAAGAAAAGCUGGCAGCACUCUGGGGCUCUGAGCACCUCAAGGAAAGUUCUAGCCCCCGUCAGGCGGGACCCCAGAGGGGCUUGGAGGAAGGCAGUCCUGUGAGCAGUGUGGAAGAUGUGGUCAUUGAUCUCUCUAGCUCCACACGCCAGGAGACUGAGAGAAUGCAGCAGGGGGCCGGGGCUCAAGGACGUCCAGACUCUGAGGGGCUAGAGGGGCUCCAACCUGGGAAGGAGGGGGCCUUAUGA